AAUCUUUUCGAGAUCUUUUAUAAAAUUUGUAAAUUCAUUGGUACUAACUUUCAUCAUUUCGCCAUGUCUUCCAUCGAGUGGUUAGGUAGUGUGUUUUACUACAUUAUGCGCACCUAUGUAGUAACCUACCGAAGCAAGUGAUGGACUCACUACACACUAACCCUAAACUUGCAGAUUGUGCAUUUUAUAGAUUUCGUCGAAGUUUCCAUGACGAUAAUGCGGCGGCCAAGAAAUUUUACGGUUUUGACUGACGACCAAGCGAGACGCCUGCAAUUCUACAAUUGCCUUUUAAGUUUAAGGACUUGGGCGAAGAUAAUCUACGUCUUGGUAUCCGUGGUAAUUAGGACCCUGCAAACAUAAGCCAAAAUUCUAUACAUACUCAUUGAAAUAUUUUUUACCAU